CAUCUUUGUUUACUAGUAGCCAGGCGCGGCUAGGCUCAGCGUUAGCUUUAGCAGUAGCAGUGUGCCGCUGUGUCAUACAGGGUGAGCGUGAGUGUGAGAGCUUCGUGGUUAAUUUGUGAAAUCAACAAACAUGUCGGCUAACGGACCCGGACCUGGAGAAGACUGCGCAGACGCGAGGAGAGGCGAUGGACAAGAGUCGGAGCCGUCUUCCUCCUCUGCUGCCUCCUCCUACAUGGACGUGGAUGCCAGGCCGGGCUCCCACAGCUUCAGAUACAGCCUGAACUAUCCCUGCAUCGGCCAGUGCAUCAUCAUCAACAACAAGAACUUUGACAGGAGUACAGGCAUGAAUCAAAGAAAUGGUACGGAUGUAGAUGCAGCCAACGUGAUGAAAGUGUUUGCAAAGUUGGGUUAUAGAGCGAAGGUUUACAAUGACCAGACAGUCGACCAGAUGAGACAGGUUUUAACUUCUGUUGCAAAGGAAGAUCACAGCUGCUACGCCUCGUUCGUCUGUGUUCUGUUGAGUCAUGGAGAUGAGGGAGUGUUCUUUGGUACGGAUGGCUCUAUAGAGCUGAAGUACCUAACAUCACUGUUUCGAGGCGAUCGCUGCAAAUCACUGGUGGGAAAGCCCAAACUCUUCUUCAUCCAGGCUUGUCGAGGCACUGAUCUGGAUGCAGGCAUUGAAACCGACAGCGCUGAUGAUGGCACUACAAAGAUCCCUGUGGAAGCUGACUUCCUCUAUGCAUAUUCCACAGCUCCAGGUUACUACUCAUGGAGGAAUACUAUGACCGGAUCCUGGUUCAUGCAGUCACUGUGUGAUAUGAUCAGCAAGUAUGGAAAAGAAGUGGAGCUCCAGCACAUCAUGACACGAGUGAACCACAAGGUGGCAGUAGAGUUUGAGUCUAUCUCCCACUCACCAGGCUUUCAUGCGAAGAAACAAAUCCCAUGCAUUGUGUCAAUGCUGACCAAAGAGAUGUAUUUUUCUCCUUGAUGUUAUCUCUACUGUGGAAGAUUUCAGCCUCCCCAAGCCUUCAUGUGCAGAAGAAAGGCUUGAGGAUGUUUAGGAGGAGGUGUUUAUGAAUUAUUUUAGUUUACACUUUCUGACUGACUAUGUCUUGAAACGUCAGCUUACAUAUUUCUGGGAGCGUAGAUGUAUUUUUUUUUUUUCACAUGCUUGGCAUUUUAAGCUUCUUUUUGUGGAGUACAGUUCUGAAAUAGCAUCAAAGGCAUUACAUUUUUUUUUUUUUUUUUUAUCUUUGAAGGUAAAAUAUUUUGUAAACAAACGAAUCAUGACUAAAAAAGGUAAAAUUGACUUUGUAAUACAAUGAUCACAAUUUGCAGUCGGUACAUGCCUCUUUGCUUUUUACAUCAUAGACAUUUCAGGGGGAAAAAUUUCAGGGCACAAGUGACCUAUGUUCAUUUAAUCAUGAAACCGGUUCUUUAGUGUUUACACAGGAUGAUGGGAUCAUGUUUUCAUCAGUCAGUUUAGUGAAAUCUGAUGUGAGGUUUGCACAAACCUAAAUAAAUGCAUGACAUGUACACUCAGUAAAUACAUUAUAGGAUACUGUUAUAUAGCAAAUUCAGGAGCAUCCAGUAAGCUGUUCUGUUUGUUUGUGUCUUUGUUGGUUUUAAAGGUCAGAAUUUUAAUUUUUCAUGUUUUUCAUCAAUUACGAUUUUUAUUGAAUGAACUGUUCUCUGUCAAUGUGUGCAUGUCAAGGCUUCACAGCAUGCAUGAGUAUGACAGCCCACUUGCACGAUGCUGUUUGAGCCAUGUUUUCAUUUAUUAGUCAUACCUGAACACAACUUCACGUCUCAUAUUUGGUAAUGAUGUCAUGUAUUUCUUGUGGUUUUAAAAACAAAAUACCUUUUUUCUCUUUAAUACUUACAGGCAUUAAUCUUUUCCAAUGGAUUGUUGUGUAACGGAAUUAAACGUUUAUAUGUAACCACCAGCAUUUAGUGAAAAGCACAAUGUGUGUGUACUGAUCCAGGUCCUGGUCAUUUGUGAGCAUAUGCAACAUUUACAGCAUAUAGACUGAAAUCACAUUAGCUGUUGAAUGUUUGACAAUCCAGUUUUUAAGUCAUAUCACUCCAUAUACAGCAUUUUACAUCCUAUUUGGGGUUUUUUUGUGGUGUCACUGUGUUUUUUUUGUAAGCAAGCUAUCCUGUGAGGUUGUAAUGUUAUGCCUGAAAAAUAAAGACCACUUUUAAUUUUUC